AUGGCGAGGACAAAAACGCUUCAGAUCCAGUUGGCAGAUGGCAAGCAAAAAGGACAGUACACGGUUGACGACCCCAGCGAUCGGGCAGGGACUCGUACAGAAAUCGAUGAAUUUGUACAGAAUUACCAGGAGGAGCAUAAGCGCAAAUAUGGCCGUUCCAACUUGACGCCCAAGUACAUGUGUCCUCACAGCGGCGACUUGAUCCAUUGGGACUCAAAAUUCAGCCCUCUCGACUUCCUACAGCAGGAAGGGCCUGUUGUCAUUCUUACCAUGGUGGCCCAGGACAUCGAUCAGAGCGCAGGAGAGGCCAUGCACAGGACAUCAGGCGCCGAGCUGGCUGGACAGCCUACGGAUAGCGACUCUGCGCCAGACAUCAACACGACGGAGACGUCAGUUGAGGAGGCACCAGUCCGCAGCACAGAGGACGAGCCGCCUGCCCCCGGCCAGGAAAGUCUGGUCGCUCGCCUGCAGUCGCAAGACCCCAACGCUGCAGCUUCAGUCAGGCCCUCCUCAUUGCAAGCUCCUAGGGAUGAUGUAGGACAGGCUGGCAGGCCUCUUGUCGCACAUGUUCAAGAUGGAGAAGUACAAGGAUGUACUGCAGAGGCUGCUGCCGAUAUUGAGCAGCUCACGAAGUCUGCCAGGUUCCAGCAGUCAGGUCCGAGCAGUAUCCUGGAAAGCUCAGAGAUGCCUGCUGAGGAGCAGACGUCUGCUGGCACCGGCGUGCAGCGUGAACCGAAACCAAGCCAGAAGAGGCGGAACAAAGCAGCUCAGAAGCUGGUGGAGUCUCAACGCGGUCCGACGGCGGAGGAACUGCGUAAGCCCGAUGACAUGGACCAGCAGAUUUUCGGUUCAGAUCUUUACAAGCUCGUUGAGAACAUGCACACCCCUGCCCUGACUGGCGAAAGGAGCAUCGAGAGCGGUCUGCAGCGUCGGCAAAGGGGCUGGUCCUUUCAUCCAGUUCGCUUCUUCCCCGAUGGUUCAGAUGAAAAGAACCCGAAGAAGAAGGGGAAGGUUGGGGACGAGAUGAUAGAAGGAUGCAUGGCCGUCCUAACUAUUGGCGCAGAGCUGGCAGCAGAUCUCGGCUACACGACCGACCAGCGAGUUGUCGUCGUGGAGCGACACGAAAUAAACAAAGAAAUCUUGGUUGAGUUCGGCGGACGGCAGGCCUGGGUGAAUUCAGGAGCAGUGUUCAUCACGCAGGUCAACAUCGAUUGGUUCAUGGGAAACGAGCACACAACAGUGGCGAAAAGGCUGGACAGUGCCUGUGGUACGAAGAGCAGUGCCGAUGAUGUUAACUUCCUUGGCCGUGUGCAGUUUUUGGCCCGUUGUGUUUCGUGCAACAUGUUCUUCCUCCAGAAAGCGGCGGCCCUCCUUGUCUCGCAUGCGCAGCCAGAUCAGUACUGGUCCUUGUUCCGUCGUGCCUUGGAAACAGAGGCAUGGAAGGAAUUGGGACGUCAGGGAGGAGGUGAGCGUGCUGGCAAGUCGUAUGAACCCAAGGACUGCUACAUCCGCGCUUUGGAGCUCAAGGGCGACUUUGCCGCGGCCUGGUCCAACCUUGGGUUUGUCGGCGGCGGAACGGUGAAGGGCAAACCGUACUCGGAGCGGGAGUGCUUCAUCCGCGCCGUGGAGCUCGAGGGCGACAAUGCCCUGGCCUGGGGCAGCCUUGGGCUUGAAGGCGGCGGAACGGUGCAGGGCAAACCGUACUCGAAGCGGGAGUGCUUCAUCCGCGCAGUGGAGCUCAAGGGCGACUAUCCCCUGGCCUGGAACAACCUUGCGUUUGAAGGCGGCGGAACGGUGAAGGGCAAACCGUACUCGAAGCAGGAGUGCUUCAUCCGCGCCGUGGAGCUCGAGGGCGACAAUGCCGCGGCCUGGUCCAACCUUGGGUUUGUCGGCGGCGGAACGGUGAAGGGCAAACUGUACAGUAGUGAUGAGUGCCGCCAAAAGGCCGCAAAUCUCUGCUGGCCUUUUUUGCCAUUGCCUAGGUGGUGA